AUGCACCUCAUCAAGCCGAUCUGGCUCACCCAUGGAGGCGAAAAGAAAGAUUUCGAGGUCUACAGCUGCCAUGUCUCCCCAGACGGCAAGCGCCUGGUCACCGCAGCCGGCGAUGGCUACGUGCGAAUCUGGUCGACCGAGGCGAUCUACAAUGCCACAAAUGCCAAAUACGACAAGCCCAAGCAGUUGGCGUCCAUGAGUUAUCAUUCGGGCACCAUUCACACAGUGCGCUUCUCACCUGGCGGAAAAUUUCUGGCUUCAGGGGCGGAUGACAAGAUUGUCUGCGUAUACACCCUCGAUCCGAGUCCUCCAACCCAUGCCACUUUCGGUUCAAACGAGGCCCCUCCGGUUGAGAACUGGCGCAUUUUUCGGAGACUGAUCGGACACGAUAACGAUGUACAAGAUUUAGGCUGGUCAUAUGACGGGACAAUUCUGGUAUCGGUGGGCUUGGAUUCAAAGGUCGUGGUGUGGUCAGGCUUCACGUUCGAAAAGUUGAAGACACUCUCGAAUCAUGCCAGCCACGUCAAAGGUAUCACUUUCGAUCCGGCUAAUAAGUACUUCGCAACCGCAAGCGAUGAUCGAACAAUUCGGGUAUUCAGGUUCACCUCCCCCACGCAGAAUUACACGACGCACGAUGCAGUGAACAACUUCACCCUCGAAACGACCAUCAGCCAGCCGUUUGUGAAUUCGCCCCUGACGACGUACUUCCGCAGGUGCUCCUGGGCUCCUGAUGGAAUGCACAUCGCGGCAGCCAAUGCAGUCAACGGCCCCGUCAGCGCGAUCGCCAUCAUCAACCGCGGUACGUGGGACGGAGACACCACCUUGAUCGGACAUGAAGGGCCAGUGGAGGUAUGUGCGUUUUCUCCGAGGCUCUAUGGACCAGAGCCCCCAGGCAAGAGUGCACUGGAAGAUCAUCCUACUCCUCACACGACGGUGAUUGCAUGUGGAGGGGCAGAUAAAUGCCUGAGUAUCUGGACGACGAGCAGUCCACGGCCCAUUGUGGUCCAGCAGGACGUGGCUGGCAAACCAAUCUCAGAUAUCGCUUGGAGCCCAGAUGGUCAAACACUGUUCGCCACUGCACUAGACGGCACCAUUCUGACAGUCAUGUUCGAAGCGGGAGAGUUGGGCUACGCAAGACCCAUCGAAGAAAACGACAGGUCGCUCUCCAAGUACGGCACAUCAAGAAAGGGGAUCGGAUUCCCUGAAAGCACCGACGCGCUAUUGCUGGAAGAAAUGAGCAAGGCCGGUGAGCUUAAGGGUGUGGAAGGGCGCAUGGGCGCGUUGAUGGGUGACCUGCACUCCUCACUACCAGCAACAGCAGAAAAGCCGUCCGCCAUUACGAAUGGUACAACCACGAAUACCGCCAAUCUCGCAAAUGGCACCUCGGAAACGACGAUCAAUGGACAAGCCGCAGCGAAGGCACAAGACGACCAAAAUCAGGCCAAACUCGAGAGACUCAAGAAUCGAGUCGAGAUCACUAAGGAUGGUAAGAAGAGAAUAAGGCCUCUGUUGGUAUCUGGUGCCGGCGGGACGGAAUCUUCACUGCCACAAACGAAGCUGGUCAGUGCCAACGCCAAUGUUCAGACGGUUGAUGCCCCCCAGUCCGUGCUGGACCUUUCAAAACCCUUCGACGGGCUUCCAAAAGGUGGCUUGGCGGCAUUGCUACUUGGAAACAAAAGGAAAUACGCACAGAUCGAGGGGGAAGAAGAAGGCACUACGGAGAAACGAGUGGUGGCAGCAAGCCAGAAGGGGGCUACACCCAUUCUCGUUAACGGCGCGGAUGGCCUAUUACCCGCACAACCUCAGCCAGCAGCGAGCGGCCAACAGGUGACUCCAGAUUUCAUCCGGCCAGCUGUUAUCAACCAGGCGCUGAGCCUCAGUCAACUUCGCCUUGCUGUUCCCAAAGUGCGAGCGCAUAUCGUACAGGGCAUUGAUUCUACAGGCAAACCAGGCGACAUAUCUGGCGAUACGGCCAGCAGGUCCAGAGCUGAAUUUGUCUUCGAGGCCAGGAAUCCCUCGGGGCAGUCCUUGACCCCGAGAGCACAGGAUCGUGAACCCUGUCGGAUCACCCUGACGAGGAAGGAUCAGCCUCUGUGGCAGGAUUUUCUUCCUCGUCCGGUUCUUUUGGUUACAGGGACCAAAUCGUUCUGGGCGGCAGCAGAUGAGACGGGAUCCAUAUACCUGUGGACGCCACACGGCCGACGGCUCAACAGUGCUCUGGUCAUGGAAGCUCAACCAGUGAUUCUUGCGUCCUACGAUUCUUGGCUGAUGUGCAUCACUGCGGUUGGUGUUUGCUAUGUCUGGAAUGUCAAAACUAUGUCAUCCCCACAUCCGCCCGUGUCGCUAGCCCCUGUCCUUGACGCGGCUGUCCAUUCACUGGCUGCUCACCCUACAGGUGCGCCUGCCAUUACACAAGCUCGCUUGAAUUCCGAAGGUAGGAUUAUCGUCAGCUUGUCGAAUGGUGACGGGUACGCGUAUUCGCCUCAGAUGUACUGUUGGCAACGACUGUCCGAGGUUUGGUGGGCGGUGGGCAGUCAAUACUGGAAUACGACCGAUUCUUCGGUGGGCAACAUCCAGUCUUCGAAGGCAAAGACCGACUUCGAAAAAUCCGUGGAUGUGUCUUCGGGCAUCGUGCCUUGGCUGGAGAGAAACACGACGUCGGAGACAUUGCUGAGGGGCCGAGCAUAUUUCUUGCAGCGCCUUGUCAAGGUACUAUUGUCACGGGAAGGGUAUGAAAGUUUCGAAUCUGGCGUCUCGAUCGCCCAUCUGGAAAACCGCAUCGCUGCAGCGCUCAUGCUGGGUGCAAAGGACGAGUUCCGGAUAUACCUGCUUAUGUACGCAAAACGACUGGGCGCCGAAGGUCUGAGGCUGAAGGUUGAGGAACUUCUAAGGACACUCAUCGGCGGUAUCGUGGAACCGUCAAGUCAGGAUGGUGAGAGUGUUGCGGCGACCAUGAAUGCCGUGGAAGGUCGUAACUGGCAAGAAGAUUCCAAGACGAUAUGCGGAUGGCCCCGGGAAGAGCUUUUGAAGGACGUUGUCUUGCUACUUGGGAAACAUCGGGAUUUGCAGCGAAUCACUGUACCUUACGCGAAAAUGUUACAUAUCGUGGACGACAUGGUGGAGGAUCAAGAUCAAAUGGCCUUGUAA